AUGCCUUCGCAGCAGAGUAGUCGCACCUCGACCACUGCUUUUUCUCAGCAAUCGACAGUGAUAGGAAGCACAACCCCACCACCACGUGCAGCCGGAGCCGCCCUUGACCGAGCCAUCAUCCAAUUCCGCAAUCGACUCAAUGGCACAGAACUCAUGGAAUUCAAGGGGACUACACAUGAUAAUCUGCGCGAAGAGCUUCUCAAAGUUCAGGAGAAGCAAGAGGCUCGCCUGGAGACGAUGAAUCUUGCUCGCAUCAAACAUUGUCUCGAAGCGAUGCACCAAUUCGGCCAAGUCAUCGAGAUCUUCCUCAACGUUUCGGAUGCAGUCGCGUUCGUGUGGGGCCCGAUGAAGUUCCUCUUGUUGACAGCUAGUACGUUUGCAGACUCUUUCGAUUCACUUCUGGAUGCGUACGAAAGAAUUGGCGAGCAACUACCUUUGUUAGCAGAGUAUCACUCAUUGUUCAGCAACUCACCUCACAUGGUUGAUGCCCUCGAGUUGAUCUACAUCGACAUACUGGACUUCCACCAACAAGCGUGCAAAUUCUUCUCAGGCAGAUGUGACCUGUAUAUACAAUUGACCCUAGGAUACAGGUGGAAGAACUUCCAUACCAAGUUCGAUGGGAUUCUGAGCAGUCUUCGCCGUCACAAAGACAUCGUAGAAUGCCGUGCUAACCUCGUCCAAUACCGCCUCUACCAGGAUGAUGUCGCAAGUUUCAAAGCAAAGCUCGAGGAAAACGUCGUGCGAGAAGAAACCAAGAACCUAAUGAUUGUCAAGGAAUGGCUCAGUGUAGGAGAGUUACCACAACUUGAUCAUGCUAGCUACUGUAAAAUCCGAGCAGAUUAUGCCACUACAACCAAGUGGAUAUCGCAGCACAAAACUGUCAAACAUUGGAUACACGCCGAUGUACCGAAAAGCCCAGUCGUCUGGAUGUAUGGAAUUCCUGGUGCUGGAAAGACGAUACUAUCAUCGGCCAUCAUUGAUGAGUGUAAAGCUCAGCCGGAAUUCCUGACUUGCUUUUUCUAUUGUCACGAUGGUGAUCCAAUGAGUAGCACUGCAGUCGGUAUACUGAAGGGGCUCGCUGACCAACUCUUGGAUCAAUACCCGCAGAUGUUGCCACCUUGCUUCACAAGGCGUAGAUCGAGCGGAGAGCCAUCGCUCCGGUCAAUUUCUCAAGCGAAGAAACUCCUGGAGGACUUCUGCAAUACCAUACCUAAACUGUUCAUUGUUAUCGAUGGGCUGGACGAAUGUGAGAAGGCAGAAAGGAGCCAGGUGUUGGACAUCUUGACCGAAGUCGUAGGUUGCCGCGACACGAUCGACCCAGGCACACUCCGUCUUCUCGUUGCUAGCCAAGAUCUUAUUGAUAUUCGAAAAGGAUUCAAUAGCUCUGCAUCUACCAAGGUUGCACCAAUGAUCUUGCGAAUCUCCGAGACGGACAACGAAGGCGAUAUCCGAGCUUUCACCAGGCUAUGGGUAGAUAAGAUCGCAUCAAAAUUUCCGCCAUUCUCAGAGGAUAUGAAAGAGUACCUCCAGAAUCUUACAGUAGUCAACGCAAAAGGCAUGUUUCUAUACGCCAAACUUGUUUUACUUGACCUUUAUGCUUCUACUACGUUAGCGGAGCUUAAAGACAGUAUCAAGACCGAAAACUUUCCACAUAAGCUAGCAGACGCAUACGAGCGAAUCCUGAGACGUAUCAAGACUACAUCUGGCAGAGGUUGGCCGAAAGCAAAGAAGCUACUUGGAUGGUUAGUUUGUGCUAAACGCAGGCUCACAUGGAAAGAGAUGCAGGUCGCGCUUUCGAUCGAUCCCGAGAGGCAGAUCGUUGAUUACGAAAACCAGCGGGUACGCGAUCACAUUUACGUCACUUGCGGCUCGUUAGUACUUGUUAAUGGGGACCGCGUAACCCUCGUUCAUAGCACAGCGAAGACGUACAUCACUGCCAUCACCAAAGACAUUCAUGAGCCAUCUAUCGAGUGCGAGCUUGCGACAUUGUGUAUGCAAUACUUGACUUUCCCCUGCUUCGAUGUCGACAGUCCUGACGAUGUCGUACAACGACGGCGAUACGCACUGGAUGGAUCACUCGCGUUCCAAGACUACGCGAUUGCCAAAUGGUUUCACCACAUCAAUGCGUGGGUGGCAAGUGGCACAAAGUUCCUUGAAGAAGCUCAGGACCAGGUAGCUCUACUAGCUGGCAUCUUUAAUGCCAUGGAAGACUUCAUGACGCGCUAUAGUGAGAUAGAUUGGUCGAAAGGACUUGUGGAUGACUGCAAGACCAAGUGCAGGGUGUUUGAACAUCUCGGUCUAUACGAGCAUGUUGUGCAGCUCACUAGCCAUAUCUACACGUUUCAACAGAAAGGCUUCGAUGCAUCACACAAGAUUAGCAUCGGCGAUCUUUCGGAGGCCUUAGAUCGGAACCGGAAGAUGCUUGAGGAGUUUCACAAAGCCAAACCUGGUCCGACAGCAGAAGAGAAGAUAGCGUACAGUAAAUUCUACAACGAGAAACGGCGUUACAAAUGCACACGGAUCACCUGCCGAUACUUCUCUGAAGGAUUUAAAGACGAGAAAUCUCGUAAGCGGCAUGUCAACAUCCACGAAAGACCGUACCAAUGCGAGAUACCGGACUGCGUAGGCGCAGAAGGGUUUGUGAAUGCAAAAGAUCUCGAGAAACACACUCGGACGUUCCAUCCUGACAAGAGUGAUUUAGCAGAAACGUUUAUCUCUGCUAUCGCACCCAAACGCGGGAACACGAAUCAUGCAUGCUCGAUCUGCGGGAAAACAUUCUCACGCAGCUACCAUCGUAGGGAUCAUGAGCUCAGUCAUAAAGGAGAAAGACCACACGAGUGCGAGGAAUGUGGCAAAGCUUUCACGAGACUUAACGAUCUCACAAGACAUAAGAAAAUACACGACAGGCCCGGCAAUAAUGGCGCAGUCUAG